AUGCUUCGUCUCCCCGCUCUCCUCCCUCUUAAACCCUCGGCCCCGGCCACCGGCUUAAACCCCACCCGGCGCAGCCAUGGCCACCGCGGCCCCAAACGCCUCCUCGCUUCCUCCACCACGCCGCCGCCACCGCCGCCGCCACCGCCGCGACGGACUCCCAGUCCAGCCGCGGCCCCGAAACCCCUGAAGCCCGAACCCCGCGUCGGCCCCCAGAAUCCCGAAGGCGUCACCGCGGAGUUCCCCACAACCAAGCCCCGCAAACCACGCCGCGGUCGCCGAAGCGAGGCGGCCGCCGUGGAGGACUUCGUCCGCGACCGCCUCGAGCAGGUCUUCGCCUCCAUCCAGGAGCGCGACCCCGAGGUCCUCCAAGGCAAAGGCGACAUCCUGAAGCCGAAGGAGGAGGAAGAGCGGGCUUCCGAUGCGGAGCCCGGGGAGGAAAACGGGGAGCAGAAGACGGUGGUGGAGGAGGAGGACCCGAGCUGGCCACUGGACGCCGACGUCGGAUGGGGGGUCCGCGCGUCGGAGUACUUCGACAAGCAUUCCAUCAAGAACGUGACGGUGGACGGCGUGGAGAUCGACUGGGAAGGAGAGGUCGACCGGGGCUGGGUCAAGGAGAUCAACUGCUUGGAGUGGGAGAGCUUCGCCUUCCACCCCAGCCCCCUUAUCGUCCUAGUCUUCGAGCGCUACAACAGGGCGGCUGACAAUUGGAGGUUUCUUCAAGAAUUGGAAAAGGCUAGUAAGGUAUACUGGGAUACAAAAGAUCGGCUACCUCCACGGACUGUGAAGAUUGAUCUGAAUAUCGAGAGAGACCUGGCGUAUGCACUCCAAGCAAAAGAAUGCCCUCAAUUGCUGUUCUUGAGAGGAAACAAGAUCCUAUACAGAGAAAAAGAGAUAAGAACAGCUGACGAACGAGUUCAAAUGAUUGCCUAUUUCUACUACAAUGCAAAGAGGCCAUCAUGUGUCAAUCCCGAAGCCCUUGCUCCUUCAUUCGAAAGUAUUAUUAAGUUCAUGUUCUGGGAGAAGAGGCUGAGUCUCCUAGUUUGA